GCUCGAUCCGUGCUGUUGCCUGCAUUAUAAACGUUUAAUUGAUCUUAUCUAUGGCAAUGGGUCUUCGACAUAUAUAUAGCAAGCAAUGUGGCCCUAAAUACCGUUCAUUUCGUGUUUAAGCUACAUGUAUCUCUUCAAUAAGGUUGUAUUAGACAAUGGUAUAUCCCGUUUCAACUUGCCCGCUUCAUGGGUAAUUUGCUAGUUCAUUCAAUUAUCAUAGGUAGCGCUGGUGGAUUUUGUAAUAUUCUAAUUUAUCUGGAAUUCUAAUUUUAAUUUAAUUUCUCCAGGUGCUCUUCUAAAUAUACUGAUGGGAUUAUUGUUGCCAGCAAGUGUAAACGACACAAAAAUAUGCAAAUUAGCCAAGUGUUGAAUAUCAAGCAGGCUUAUUGAUUAAAAUGUGAGUCAGUCAACUCUGAAUAAUUUUUGGCUCGCCUGUGAUAGUAUAUACUGUAUGUUUAUUCGUACUUUCAAAUUGAAACGUACAGUUACGAUUGCAAAAGAGAAUACAGAGUUGGGUGCAAGUGCAGGAAUACAUCAACAAUCUGUGUAUAUAAAGUAUAAAUGUUAACCCGGACUGUAAACACCAACAUACUAAACAUAUACCGUACUGUUAUAUCAACCGGUACUCUAAGAUCACCCGUUACACAAAAACGUUAUCAAUAUGUUAAUCUCCUCUAUUGUCAAAAUCUGACCCCCUGUCUCCCUCAUUUCAAUCAACUCCCCAAUUAACAGGGGACACAGCUUAAACCCACGGACACAGUAAAACAUCGAUUGAUCUUGCAUGGUUGCUUGGAACUAUGGAACGGUCGAUAGAGUACAAAAUCAUUCAGUGUUUUGUUUUGUCAUCCUCUAAAAUCACUACUGCAGAACUUGACAUUAAAUUCAUUUGCGACGAAAACUAGUGCGACGUGUAAAUACAAGAAAAAAUGUAUUGCAUGAUGCCAAAAGAAGACAUUGCAUGUACCACCACGUGUUCACAAGGAUCAAUUGUGCAUCUGUCGCAAUUCCCUAUAUUCAUAUGACAUUGUCUCAAGAAAACCUGCUGCAUGACUGGUAACAAAAGGAACAGUGAAUUGCCUGAGUCUAAUAUCUAGUCAUUAAAAUCGAUGUGACUUGCUACAUUGUGAUUUUUGAUAUUAGAUUAUAUGAAGAGCGACUAAUAGAUACAGUUGUCCAUGUAACAGUGUGGAAUCAUGGCUUCAACAAGUUGGCUUUCUGUACUUCUGUUUUUCCUUAUGUUUCGAAUAGGGAUUGGACAACUUUUUACUGCAACUUUUCGACUAAGUUCAGCUUUUGAGGAAGAGAUUAAUACUACUAAAAUGGUACUUGAACGUAUGAAAAAGGACGAUAGCGAUACCGCACUGAGUGAAUUUGCAAGUUUCAUCGAGGGAACACAUUUGAAGCAUUCGAACAUAGGCCAGGAUUCGACAGUGACCUAUAUGGCACACCCAAUCAAUAUUUACCACGUCAUAAAACGCAUGGUCAUUGACUGGCCAGAGAGAGUGGAGUCGCUUGGUCAUGUGGCUGACAUUCAGGGAAGUCGAGCACUCCUGGACGAACUAUUAACAAUCACAACGGGCGAAUUAUGGCCUCGCCCCACAGAUUUCGAAGGUGUGACUCUACAAUUAAUCUCAAUACAGGCAGUCUACUUGCUGGACAUCGUGGAGUUCGCUACGGGGACUCUCAACGGCACCCGCACGGAACCGCUUACGCUUGAUGAGAUUUUCUCAAUCGGGAGAUUUGCCUAUGAUCGGAACCUAUUUUAUGAAGCUAGCUUGUGGUUUAGGGGGCUUGGGGAUUGCUUUAAAAAGGGUAUAAAAGGAGAAGUAGCCACGAUGAAGAAGGCACUGAAGAAUUUGGCAAGUGCUUAUCAUCGGUACGAAAACUACAUCAAAUCAGUCGAGGCAAUAAACGAGGCAUUGAUGUAUGAGCCAGAUGACCAAUCUCUAAAGAAUGACUUAAAAUACUAUGUUGAAAAGUUAGAAGCUGCACGUAACGAGGGCAAGGAGCCCGACAAGACCCUUAAGCUAAAUCCAUCCGGGAAUGAGGUCCCAUAUAGAGACAGCUUUGAUAACUAUUACGCCUUGUGUCGCGAGGACAUAAAGAGGCCACCGCUCUACAUGAAAAGACUGAAAUGUCGCUGGAAGAAGACGUUGGUGCCAUACAGGCCAGCGAAACAGGAAUUUCUCAACAUUCGCCCCCCGGUGGUCUUAUACCACGACGUCAUCUCUGACAACGAGAUUGAACAAGUGAAAAACAUAGCUAAACGAACAAUGACCAAAUCAACUCUUGCGGUGCCUCAGGGUACUGGUAAUACUUUGAACACAAACAUCCGGGUUAGUGAAACCUCGUGGAUCGAUGAUAGUCGCCGCGUAAUAGCGAGGAUAAGCCGAAGGGUCCAGGAAAUAACUGGUCUGAGUACCAAGUUGGCGGAUGUAGCUCCUCAUGCUGAGCAGAUGCAAGUCCUCAAUUAUGGAAUCGGCGGCAUGUAUCAGCCUCGUCAUGAUUACUUGAAUUCAGAUCCCAGGAGGAACAGGCCUAAGGAGGACCCAUACUUCCUAAACGGUGCAGGCGACAGGAUCGCCACCUGGAUGUUUUAUGGAAGUGACGUUGAUGUUGGAGGGAACACGGUAUUUCCACUGCUGAAUGUAACGGUGCCAGUGACAAAAGGAAGCGCCGUCUUUUGGCCAAAUAUGUACCUCAACGGAACAGUUGACUGGCGUACUCUGCAUGCCGAAUGUCCAGUUGCCAUAGGAUCGAAAUGGGUGAUGAACAAAUGGCUGCGAGAGAACGGACAAUUCAAUAAAUGGCCAUGCUCGACUAACAAACGCAAAGCGAUAAAACUGAUUUAGUUCGCAGAAAGACAUCCUCUAUCGUAUCUACUGCAUUGUUUAUUAAAGUAUCUUCCACUUGCAAAGAUGACUGUUAUAUCGUUGGCUGGGAAAGAGUUGUGGACGUCCAAUCUUUUACCUGAGGUAAAAUGGUGUCAUUAAAGCCAUCACUGAGAAUAUUUGAUUAUAUUCGGAGCGACUGGGAAAGUUAGAUGUCGCCAGAUUAGCUAAAUUGAUUGUGCACAGCGGACUUAUGAAACUGUAACCUGUGAAGUGAGACCUCAUUCUUGCGCAUGCGUUCAGACAUAUGUUUUUGUAUUAUUUUAAACCUGCAGAAAAAGGAUAUAUUCAGCACGAAGUUUGCUUCUGUUCUUCUUCAAAUAAAAUACAUGAAAUGGUCGUGUAGGCAAUUGCCAUCAGGCCAAGUGAAAAAACAACUGUCUACAAUAACGGCAACUUCUCAGCAGCUUAUUUUAUGCUUGUAUAAAAGAAUUUAAAAACAGCUCAUACCGUCAUUCCUUUCUAUCAAAGGUAAGCCUUUAAUAGCAAGGCUAAAAUUCGAAAUUAAAUUUGUGACUUCAAUUAAUAUGUAAAUGAUUUGAUUGCAUACAAAUUUCAACAGGCUGUGGUCCAGACCACGAUGGUGUCCAGACCAAUAAAUACACCUAUAUCAAA